ACCGCUCUUUGCAACCUCCAUUCACGCUCGCUUUUUUAGGUUACAAAAUGUGCUUUGCCCACGUUAUUUUUAAGCUGGGAUGUAUUAUCGUAAUAAUUUGACCGAAUAACUGAUGAGAAGGCGUCCGAUUUAUUUUAAAUUAUCUGACAAAAGGUAAAUUUUAUUUUGCUAUUUUUUACUUCGGAACAACGCCUCAUCAUGGAUAUGUUCAACGUUUUCGAGCAGAGCUCUUCUAACAGACCGGACCAAGAAAAUGGUAAGCAGGAGAACAGGUUGGCCGUUCUACUCGGGAAGAAGAGGGAGGCCGGAAAACCGGAAGAGACGAAGACCAAGAAGAAGAGGCCCUCUGAGAGGAAAGAAGAAGAGCGGGCCAUGGAAGAAGAUAUCAAGCAGGAGGAUUUCAUUGAACCGAUGAACUCAGUUGAAGAGACAAAGUUUAAAAUCGACCAGGCCAGGUGUGAUUUUCUUUCAACAUCAUCCGUUGAGAGUCCUCACAUCAAAAUUCAUGUCGUAGAAGCCCUUGAGCUAUGCCUUCAUGAAGUCGCCAUCCCUCCCGGCAUACCGUACAAACCGUUAAUCAGGCCGAAAACUCUCUUAAAAGAGUAUAAAUUUCUUCUCGAUCCUUUUCAAAAAGAAGCGAUCAUGUGUAUAGAAAAUGACGAGUCGGUACUAGUUUCUGCGCACACGUCAUCGGGAAAAACAGUCGUUGGCGAGUACAGUAUACUCAAGUCAUUGAAAUUAAAACAGAGGGUUAUAUACACGACUCCGAUCAAAGCUCUUAGUAAUCAGAAAUACCGAGAGUUUCAGGAGGAGUUUCAGGACGUUGGGCUUAUAACCGGUGAUGUGACGAUCAACCCUUCGGCUGGUUGUCUCAUAAUGACGACUGAAAUUUUGCGUAAUAUGCUUUAUCGUGGGUCCGUCAUUAUCAAGGAAGUGUCGUGGGUCAUCUUUGACGAAAUCCACUAUAUGAGGGAUAAAGAACGUGGUGUUGUCUGGGAAGAGACGCUUAUAUUGUUACCUGACAAUGUACAUUACGUAUUUCUUUCCGCUACGAUCCCAAACGCUCGACAGUUUGCAGAGUGGGUCGCUCAUAUACACAACCAACCUUGUCAUGUCGUCUACACAGAUUACCGCCCUACACCUUUGCAGCAUUACAUAUUCCCUGUCGGUGGAGAUUGUUUACACCUUGUUGUUGAUGAGAAGGGCGUUUUUAAUGAAAGAAACUUUGAGCUUGCAAUGAAGCUGAUAAGCAACCCAGGGCUGGUACAGAAAACAGAGAAUAAAGUAAAAAAGGGAAGGUCGAAUGAAGGGAAAGAAACAAGCUGUUUAAAAAUUGUAAGAAUGGUCAUGGAGAAAAACCUCGCACCUGCGAUUAUAUUCUCUUUCAGUAAAAAGGAUUGUGAAGUUUAUGCCAUGCAGAUAGCAAAGUUAGACUUUAAUACGUCAGAAGAGAAACGCUUGGUGGAUGAAAUUUUCCAAAACGCAAUGGACAUUUUAUCAGAAGAAGAUAGAGCCUUGCCACAGGUGGAAAAUGUACUUCCCCUUUUGCGAAGAGGCAUAGGAAUCCAUCACGGUGGACUCCUUCCCAUACUAAAAGAGACGAUUGAAGUGCUGUUUUCUGAAGGUCUGAUAAAGGCAUUAUUUGCCACGGAAACUUUUGCAAUGGGCCUCAACAUGCCGGCAAGAACUGUUGUGUUCACAGCCACCAAAAAGUUCGACGGACACGAGAGCCGUAGUAUCACUUCAGGAGAGUAUAUUCAAAUGUCUGGGCGUGCUGGGAGAAGAGGCCUGGAUGAUAAAGGGACUGUUAUCGUCAUGAUGGAGGAAAUGUUUGGACCUCUUGUUGGCAAGAGUCUCUUUCAAGGAAAAGCUGAUGCACUUAAUUCUGCUUUCCAUCUCAGCUACAACAUGAUCCUUAACUUGAUCAGAGUCGACGACAUCAACCCCGAGUAUCUUUUGGAUAGGAGUUUUUUCCAGUUUCAAAACCAUGCAAACAUCCCUGUUCUAAAAACAGAAUUAAAACAGGUCGAGGAAAAGCUCGCUAAUAUCGAAAUCAAGCAUGAAACAGAUGUUUCAAGCUAUGACCGUCUUGUUAAAGAAAGGGAACAGUUAUAUAAAGAGUAUGUAGCUUAUAUCCACAAUCCAGAUGUCAUUCAACAGUUUUUACGACCUGGGAGAUUGGUAAGGAUAAAAGAAAUGAAAAAAGAAGAAGACUUUGGAUGGGCUAUGCUUCUCAGCUUUAAAGUUAUCAAUUCAAAGAAAAAGAAUCCUGCCCAGGAACCUGCAACACUCACUAUUGAUGUAUUGCUGAUGAUCGAUCCCUCAUCUAGCAAUACAGACCCAAAGAAAUGUCCAAAAGGAGUGACAGGAAAGCUGUGUGUCAUAACUAUGCCGCACACCAAUAUAAUGGAGCUUAGUAGUGUAUGCGUUGUUUUGCCUAAAGAUCUGAGAACUCAGGACAACAUGGCAACCGCUUCUAUGGCGUAUAAAGAAGUAGAGGAGCGGUUCAAAGGAAAGUUCCCAAUAUUAGACCCGGUGAAAAACAUGAGGAUUCAACAAGAAAGGUUUUUAGAAUUAGAUCAGCAUAUCAAGAACCUAACCAAGAGAAUAGAAAACCAUAAAGCGAACCAGUAUUCCGAUUUGGAUAAACUACUUUCAGUUUUAGAUGAAAAAAAUAAAUUAUUACAGAAUAAAAAUAACAUUAAGACAGAAAUGGAAAAAUGCCUUUCGCUCUUACACAUGGAGGAGCUGAAAAGUAGGAAAAGGGUCCUGCGUCGAUUGGAAUUUUGCACAGAGACCGACGUGAUUGAACUCAAGGGAAGAGUAGCUUGUGAAAUAAGCAGUGCGGAUGAACUUCUGCUCACUGAAAUGCUCUUUGCUGGUAUAUUUAAUGAUCUCAGUCCCCAGAAUGCCACUGCCUUGCUCAGCUGUUUUGUGUGUGAAGAAAAAGGGACUAACAACUCCAAAGUACCUGAUGAGUUGAUAGCUCCGCUAAGGCACACCAAGGAGCUCGCCAAACGGAUAUUGAACGUUUGCGUCGAGGCUAAGCUUGACAUAGACAAAUCCGGUUAUCUGGAGCAGGUCCGGCCGUUCCUAGCCGAAGUCGUCCUGGCAUGGUGCAACGGUGUAUCCUUUAUGGAAGUCUGCAGAAUUUCUGAUACAUUUGAAGGCAACAUUAUACGCUGUCUGAGACGGCUUGAAGAGCUUUUGAGACAAUUUAUUCAAGCUGCAAAAACUCUAGGAAACCAAGACCUUGAAAUAAAGUUCAAUGAAGGCAUCCGCAUGAUCAAACGGGACAUUGUAUUUGCUGCAAGUUUGUACCUGUAAUAUAAAAUUAUAAUUGUAAUGACAAUUUGUGAAAUUUUGUUUGUUUUUAGUCAUACUUUUAAUCUUUUCAAUAUGAUGUAAAUUGAUUAUGGCUAAUGUUAUUUUUAUAAAUGUGGUUUUAAUAUUUCUAAUAAAUUGAACUAUUUUUGUUUUA